AUGGAGGAGGUGUCAUUCAUCUUAAACCUUGAGGAACAGAAAGAAUCCCUGGAAACUGGACAGAUGGAACUGACUUUGGCACAACUCAAUGCCUUGGAAAUUUGCCUGAAGGAGGCAGAAGAAAAGGCUAAAGCCUUAUCUGAGCAGCUUGCAGCUUCUGAAGGAACAAAAUCAAAACUGCUUGAGCAAGUUUCCCAGCUGGAGGAAAAACUAGAAGCUGCUGAACAUAAGGAAGGCAGUGGGGAACCAUAUGAAAAAAUUGUUCUUGCCAAAAACCAGUGCAUUGAGAAAUUACAAGCUGAAGUGAAAGCUUCCCAGGAACAACUUACAGCCCAUAAACUAAAGCACAAAAGGAAAGUGAAAAAGCUACAAACUGAUUUGGCAACAGCUAAGCAAGAGGCUGCCAUCACAGUCCUGGAGCUCAAUGAGAAGAUAAAGGCUCUAUGUGAAGGAAAGCCAGCCCCUAGAGAAGACAACUCACUGGAAGAGUCCUGUGGAGGUCUCCCACCUGUGGAAGAAGGUGAUAGAAAAAUUAGUCUGAUUAUGGAGUUGUCAACUCAGGUUUCCCUUCAGACUGAGAAGAUCACUCAGCUGGAAGAAGUUUUAGAGGAAAAAGAAAGGAAGAUUCAGCAGCUGGAAGCUGAGCAGGGGACCUUUCCUUACCAAGAGGCCCAGGACCCUCGAGAAGGGUUACAAGAAACCCCAAUUGUCUUUAAUGAUAGCGUCACUUCUGUGGUCUCUGAUGAUGAUAUGUAA